GGCAACUUAAUACUUAAACACUACCUGUCCCUAAAGUGUAAUUCUGACAUAUAAAGUACACUUUAGAGCCUAUUGUAGCUUUUCAUACCACAAUGGAGGCCAUAUACGAGUCAUAUCCUGGUCGCGAGGAUCAGCUCACUUCACUCACCGCACUCUUGGGGUACCCCGAGGGCCGUCCGUCACAUGUAUUCGUGUACGGACAGCCAUCUGUAGGUAAGACCGCAGUCACACGCACCGUGGUCGAGAGCCUAGAUUCAAUGCAUGCGUAUGUUGAUUGCAUAGAGUGCUUCACACCCCGCAUGGUAUACGAGCGAGCUGCUACACAGCUAUAUAGUCAGCUCGCACACAGAGGAUCACACGCACAUGACGUAGCCAAAGUGAGAUGCACAAACCUCGAUGAGUUUUGUGCACGCUUAACGGAGAUAAGCAGCAUAGCGACAUUCAGUGGGAUUAGUACGACAUUUGGACCUGAUACGCCUGUAGGUAUCGUACUAGUAUUCGACAACGCAGAGAGACUUAGGGGAUCAAAUGAUUUUGCUGGCAUACUCAAGAUAUCAGAGCUUGCGGGUGUGGCGUGUAAUGUGUGUGUGGUGCUGAUAUCAAAUCUUGUGUGGGAAAAAUUCGGAGAUGGUACAUUCAUCUCCGACCCCUUACAGGUUGUAUUUGAUAACUACACUCCUGAACAAGCGAAUGUGAUACUGGCAAGGCAAAGACCCGCAACGGCCAGUGAUUACUUGUAUAGAGGGUUCGUACAGGUGAUCUGGGAUGUAUUCUCGCCUGCGUGCACAGAUUUACUGGAACUGCAUAACAUCAUCAAGUUGCUCUUUCCUGUUUAUAGAGACCCCAUUGAUUCCGGUCUUUGCACUGAAUAUGACACGAUAAAGCUCUAUAAAUUCAUUGAGCCAUACUUCAAAAAAGCUCUGGCAAAACUGUACUUGAAAGACAUUGGGGAAGAGGCCUGGGCACAGCAGAUACAACACGGCUCUGAGCACACACAGAGAGACACCACAGAUACGGAAGAUGAACGAGAUGACAAUGCAGUUGACAAUGCAAGUAUAGAUUCGGAAGGAGAGCCGGUAAUCGUAGAAAGUCAGAAAAGUGUGCGCGACAGGGGAAAGGCUAUGCUAGAGAAGCGCACAAAGCGAGUCAGCAAAUUUGUGGCAGAGAUGGACAAGAUGCGGCAUCUGGACUUGCCUUUCUACUCGCGGUACUUAUUGACGGCUGCGUUCCUCGCAUCAAACAAUCCCGCAAAGACAGACAACCACUAUUUCGGUGCGGGCAACGGACGUAAGGCACCCAGGAGGAAAGGAGGCCAAAGGAGACAAAAAGGUGGCUCCGUAUAAGCGACCUGCGAAAUCAUUUCCUGUAGAUCGACUACUGGCCAUCUUCUUCACCCUGAUCGACGAGAGCUCCCCCGAUAUGGCAUUGAUCACACUGCAGCUGGAGACGCUCGUGUAUUUGGGCCUGCUUACCAAAACAUCGGCCGCGGAUAGUCUGGAUGUAGUGAAGUACCGGUGCGAUCUAACGCACGAGUUCAUCCUGACUGUUGCUUCAAGUGUGAGUGUUAGCUUAAGCAGCUAUCUGUUCGAGGGAUGAGAAAGAACGAAAUAUUAUCAAUGCGGACCUAUAGCAUCGAUGGAACUAGAGAAUGCGCCAAGUGUAAAUAGUUUUGUGGAAAGAGGCAUGCUGCAACAAGUAUGCAAGAGUGUGUUAUAUGCAUCUUUGUCAGGGAUGCACCCCUAUAUUAUGCAGGGAUACGAUGAGCUGUAAGUGUAUCGGAGACGCGAAUGCUCUGGUGUAAGUCACGAGAGAAGAGCGAAAGCAAUUCAGACGAUCGCAUGAGCCAGUGCUAUUCUGUCUUGCUAUACGCAUCAUCGACAGACAUACACUAAAUGCUUAUAAAUAUAAGCAAGGUGAUUACGAUGUCAUUCUAAAAUCUACAGACGAACGUGGUGGUGACUGACAUGUUUCCAUGUAAGGGUAAAAAUACUGAAGUAGAUCAGGCAGCUAAUUUGCAAUUGUGGCGCACUCCCUUGUGUUAUAGCCGAAUGCCUCCAACGAGCGGGACGUUGCCUUCUAGUCGCACUAUGAGGCUGGAAAUUUCUGGUGUAGCACCACCAGUAAUUUAACUACACAAUUCGAUUGGGUCACCAGUAAAACGGUUUGAAUCGGUAUCCCACACGCUUCGCUUGCGAGUGGGAUGGAGAAUGAAAACAUGGGCAAUCCACGAGGCACGAACUUUUUAAGUCGGAGAGGCUUGCAGCGGGCGUGACCACAGUCGCCUUAUCUGUAAUUUUGCAUCAGCAGCGUGCGCAUUGAAAUGAGAGCAGCCAAACGAGGUCACUCAUACCCGCCAGCUCAAGUGUUCACGAGAACCAUGUUUAGCUUGGAAACUGGUUAAAAAAAAGUCCAUAAAACUCACCUUGAGUGUACUUUGCGGUUGGUCUACCUUUUUGAUACACCAACCAACCGUAUCUAUUGGACAAGGUGUUCGCACGGAGAGUGAUGGGACACAUCUUAGGGCCGUCCAAGAACAUAUGAACCUACCAGGGAGAGAUACUCUGAAUACACCAACUCAUCCAGUAGUUUUCCACUUUCCCCACCCCAAUAGUCCUGAAUCUUGUCCUGCGAUAUAUAUUCUCUGGUAAUAGAGGUGUUCCCCAGCUCCGUUCUGAAAAAAAAACACUUUAGUGUCACUCAAAUCAGUACAAGGUAAUGAGCCGAUGGUCGAGGAUUGUUUCGCAUACUGCAGCAUGGGCUUUGCAAGCCUUGUGAAUGAAAACUAAUCUUUUAGACCCAAAGAAAUAAAGUGGUGC